AUGGAGCCUCAAAAACUACACAAAAUUCAAAUUUAUGUUGUCUCCAAUGAGGUUUUGAUGGAAAUGUGUGGAAUCUCACUCAUAAAGUGCAUUUUUCAGCUGGAAGACUCGACUUCAGAAGAUGGAAAAACGAAAGCAAACGACGUACACAUCCGUAUGCCACGUAUCGUCAAUACGUGUCCGCCAGGAUCACCGUCGUUACGAUUGGCGCUAGUGGUGUUGAGUAUAGGAGCCGCCAGUCACUUUUUGGUUAGUCCUAUUUUAUUUUGAUCUUUCAUCUUUCUCCCAAUCACUUUCAGCUCUUCUUGGACAGUGUGGUGGAUAACUUACUUCCGGCAGCGAUGCCUUUCUUCUUGUCGGUGUAUGAAAACAAAGAGAGUGGUGCGUGGAAAUUGACACUUUCGAAAUCUUACUAACGUGAUCCGUUGUCUGACCAAUGAUAUCAUUAAACCAAAAAGACAAGCAGACAUACUAUUAUUCACGUGCCCGUUCAUGUGUCAUCUAUUACAGCCAACCACGCGUGGGAGUUGCUUGUUUCGUCAAGAAUCUAUGGUCUCGCGCUCGGAUGUUUUGUCGCAGUCCUCUUGUCUCAUCAACAUGGAAGGAAACUCCCUGUUGUUGUUGGUGGGUAUCACAUUUUUGGAACAAGUAUUCAGAUCCGCACUUUAGGAACUAUUCUCGACGUAAUUGGUGUUGUUUUGACGUUACUUAUCACUUACAUACCACACGGGGUUACGGUAGCAACGAUAGGAAGGCUGAUCAACGGUAUUGGACAGGGAAUGGUACAGACUGCUGGAUCGGUUAUGCUUUCCGAGUUGCCGCCGUUGAAGAAAAGAGGAACUGUGUUGGCUACCUUGGUAUUUGGAUCCCGCCGAGAUGACAAACAUCCUAUAAGUUUUUUCAGACUAUGUGGGCGUGCAUGGGAGAGCUCGGAGGAAUGACCAUUUCCCUGGACGAGUUUCUCGGCACUCCUGCCACGUGGCACUGGGCUAUGGGUUUCCCACUCCUCGUCCUUCUUCCUGCUUUAGUCGUAAUUUGGCAUGCCCCAGAAUCACCAAGAUACCUGUUCCUGGAUAACCGGGAAAGUGAAGCUCGGAAGGCUAUGUCGUACUAUCAAGUGAGAAAAAGUCACACGUGGCAGGGCGAGCCUCACUAAUAAACAUUUUGCAGAGCCCGGCAGAUUGUAAACAAUCCAUGGAAGAGAUUUUGAUUGAAAAGCAGUUUGUAAGUCUCGGGAGCGAAUGGUUGAGGGAAUGUUUGAACAAUUUUGCAGACUAUGCAACUUUCAAAAGAAAAAGUGGAUGAAAACGGGAACUCGAGCAAAAACUCAAAGGACAACUUUAUUACUUCAAUUUACGAAAGACUCAAGGUUUGAAAAUCAGAAAAAACGAUAAAUACCACGAGUUUUUGUUCAGGAUGGCAAAUUCACCAGAGCUCUUCUCAUUGCCCUUUUUGUUCAGACUUUUGUACAUCUUGAUGACUGGGUAAGUCAAAACAACCAAAAAUCUUAAUCUCAAUCUUUUCGUUUUCAGCUUUGGAUCUCAUACUCUACUCAGAUCUUCGAAAACUUCGGGUUAUCCUCUGGCAAAGCACAGACCGCUUCUCUUAUCAUGUCUUUGCCGCAAGCUGUUAUCAGCAUUGCACUCCUUGGGUAGCCGAUCCGAUAGGAAGUGUAAUAACAAAAAAAAAUGUUUCAGAUGUUUCGAUAAUUUUGGCCGUCGCACUCUCCUGAUCGUUCCGACCGUUUUGAGCGUGAUCUUUGGGUUCCUCGCGAUCCUUUUCUCCAGCACCGGACUCUCCCUCGUUAUUCCGCUUUUCGUUAUCAUCCCCAUCUUGGCCACCUUGGAUCUUUCGGUUGCUGCGAUAAGUGGAGAAUCGGCUUACGCGAUUGUUCCUGAACUGUUCCUCGCAAAUGACAAAGUACUUGGAUCGGCUAUCGUUGGCGUCGUGCAGGUUUUGGUCUUGAUGUUGAAACGAUCGAUCACACAAACGAUUUCAGAAUGGAUUCGGAGGGGUUCUCACCAACUGUUUGCUGACUGCUCUCAACCGACACGGCAUCUCAAAUGUUCUUGUUCCCUUUGUGGCCAUGAAUGCAAUCUAUGCAGUUGUCAACUACAGAUGGCUUCCAGAAACCGCUGGAAAAACGCCGCAGGUUUGAUAAAUCAGACCAUGUCGCAUGCUAAUAUCGCACUGUUCAGGAGAUAAGCCGUCACUUCUCACCCGACUUCCCAGGCACCAACGUCUUUUCGUAUUUCAAACACAAAUCCACCAAACUGUUCGCCUACGUCACUUCAAAGCCGGUUCUGAUCAACGUAAUCGGUUUUAUUGUCCAAUUGGCAUGCUGUAUAUUCCUCUUAGAUUUCGGAGUGA